AUGCUAGUCACUAUCCUGCAAAUGUGUCAUAAAACUAUGAUCUACUUUUUCCGUAUGGAGAUAAAAGUGCUUACAAACAAAUGGUUUGUUGUGUUUAUUUUUGCGCUAUCAUUACUCAGUUUUCCCAGUCUUAACGAGUGGCGCAAUUACUUUCAGGAAAACUGGCCAUUCGUAUAUGAUGCUAAUACGGAGUGGAUAGUGACAUGUGCUCUAGUAGGAUUUUUCAUGUGUGUUGUAAGUCCACAACAAAGAGACAAUAGCAUCUGGAAGGGCAUCUUCCGACUGGAACUGGCUACGCUUUUGUAUUUCUCCUUGGAAGCUCUCAGUCGCCUAUCAAAGUGGACAGCAAGAUGUGAUUUGAACAUAGAGUAUUCGCGUAUGCAAUGCGAAAAGAAGGGGGGACGUUGGUCCGGUCUUGACAUUUUCGGUCAUACUUUCACAUUGAUUUACAGUAUACUUCUUAUAGCAAAAGAGGUAGUGCAAUUCGACGAUGACACCAGGAUACGGGGAAGGCAGGAACAACGGAGGUGUGCUCAAUGUCUUGUAGGUUGGAUAGUACUCAACAUUUGGUGGGGUUUUCACCUGUUCAACUCCUUUUGCUGUCACAGUUUGCUUGAUAAAGUUGCCGGCGCUUCGGCUGCUGUAUUGUGCGGGAAUCUCUUGCCUUACCUUUAUACUUUCGCUCAAAAUGUCUUUUUGUGUAUUUUCGGCGCUGAUUAGUCGAUCGAAAAAUGAUGAACACAUGCACCCUUUCAUAGGCGAUAACUUUUUGACUUUCUAUGCAUCAUGGAGUGUCUUGAUCCUACUAUUUACCUUCUUGGUUUCUGUUUCGAGUAUAUUAGCGUUGAUUGUGUAGUUUGCUCAAAAACUAUUUUUGUAGAUUUUCAAAUUUUCCGGAUUUACUGAGUUCAUGGACUAUUAGAUCAAGCCUAUGCCUUAGUUCAGAAGUUCCUCUGCUAACAACGAUUUCGUUCAGUUCCUUCGCUUAGAAUUAUCUAUUCUCGCUUUUUAAGCACUUUGUUAUCAAAAUAAACAAGUGGGC